GCGAUGCCGGGUGCAAAUGCUCGUGAAACAUCUUAUUGAAGUAAAAGACAGCACGUCCGCUAUUCCGUGAACUGCGAUGACAGCAGCCCGGUUCUCUGCAGUGCAACAGGCUGUCGGAUAGUAUAUCCAUUAAACGGAAUACCUGUCAAAAAUUGUUGAGGAACUGUUGCACGAGAAGUGAAAUCCAUAACGAUGUCUCUGUUGUGCGUCAGAGUCAAAAAAGCCAAGCUCCACGGCCCCCCAGAUAAGUUCAACGCCUAUGUGACCCUGAAGGUGCAGAACGUCAAGAGCACCACCAUCACAGUAAGAGGGGACCAGCCAUGUUGGGAACAGGACUUCAUGUUCGAGAUCAGCGGAGAUCAGGAAUCUGGGUUGGUCGUGGAGCUGUGGAACAAAGGUCUCAUUUGGGACACCAUGAUUGGGACCUCGUGGAUCCCCCUGGAGACCAUUCGCCAAUCAGACGAGGAAGGCCCAGGGGAGUGGACAUGUCUGGACUCGGAGGUUCUGAUGAAGGAGGAGGAGAUCUAUGGCACCGCAAACCCCACGCCUCACCAAGUGUUGCUGGACACCCGCUUUGAGCUUCCCUUUGAUAUACCAGAUGAUGAAGCCCAAUACUGGACCAGUAAGCUGGAGCGCAUCAAUGCCAUGCGGAUACACGAUGAGUAUCCACUACAGGAGGAAGUUCAGAGAAGGAGAAUGGCAUCUGCACCUUCUCAGUGCUCCUUGGAUGACCACGACAGUGCGGUGGAGGAUCGUGACAGUGACUACCGCAGUGAGACUGGCGUCCGGCCUCCACGAUACCACACCACACCCCAACCCAACUCCUCUCUGCACCAGUACCCCAUUGGCCACAGGCUACAGCACCAGAGUCUGACCAGGGAGACAGACUCUGUGCAGAGCUAUGAACUCGACUACAGAGAACCCAGAGAACACAGCCCGGCAAAUAGCAGCCGCUUUGGGUCUUCAGGGAACCUUAGCCAGGCCAGCUCUCGUUUGAGCUCAGACCCAGAGGACCAACAUGACCCUGAGAAACAGCAUGACCCAGAGGCCCUCCGCACCCCUUGCCCUAGGCCCCCUCUUCACAGCCAACACUCCUGGGAGGAAGAGGAGGGAGACGAGGCUGAGAAGGAACUUAGGCCUGUCCCUGAGCCUGGAUCCAACAAAGACCUGAAGGAAUCCAUCAUUGUUCCCAAACCACUGGACAAUCAAGACAAGAGGGCAGAGAAGCAGAUCAGUUUCUUUGAGGGCGGACCCCCACCAUGCUCUCCAUCCAAAGUGCGUUGGCUGAAGGCCUACAAUAAAAUCAGAGUUCGGCUGCUCGAGAGUCAAGAUGGUGAUGGCAGUCCAAACAAACACCCGUGGGCAAAACCAGGUGGGAACGCUCCUUUUGGGAUCGACAGCAUGCCUGACUUGCGCAAGAGGAGACCUAUUCCCCUGGUCAGCGAGCUGGUGAGUUCUGAGAAGAGAACAGACAGGUCUGCUGUGUCGGGGGCCAUCCGGUUGCAGAUCAGCGUGGAAAUUGAAGGAGAGGAGAAAGUGGCCCCCUACCAUGUCCAGUACACUUGCCUCCAUGAGAACAUCUUCCACCACUGUACGGACCAGGAGGGCGGAGGCGUGGUGAAGGUGCCCGUGGCGUACGGCGACGACGCCUGGAAGGUCUACUUUGACGAGCUGCAGCAGGACAUUGUGGACGAGUUCGCCAUGCGCUACGGCAUCGAGUCCAUCUACCAGGCCAUGACACACUUCGCCUGCCUGUCCUCUAAGUACAUGCUGUCAGGCAUCCCGGCUGUCAUGAGCACCCUGCUGGCCAACAUCAACGCCUUCUACGCUCACCCCACCGCCUCCACCAACGUGACUGCCUGCGACCGCUUCGCCGCCUCCAACUUUGGGAGAGAACGCUUUGUGAAGCUCCUUGAUCAGCUACACAACUCUCUCCGUAUUGACCUCUCCACGUACCGCAACAACUUCCCCGCCAGCAGCAAGCCUCGCCUGCAAGACCUCAAGUCCACCGUGGACCUCCUCACCAGCAUCGCCUUCUUCAGGCUGAAGGUGCUGGACCUGCCCAGCCCGCCCAGGGCUGCCCACGUGGUGCGCGACUGUGUCAAGGCCUGCCUCAACUCCACCUACGAGUACAUCUUCAACAACUGCCAGGAGCUGUACAGCCGUCAGUUCCAGCCCGCCGUAGAACCUCCAAAGCCAGCCAAGAAGGAGAAGAAGGAAGGAGAUGAUGAGGAUGAAGAGGAGGAGGAGGAGGAAGAGGAGGAGGAGGAGAAACAGCCUGAGGAGCCUGGUCCGAGUAUCCAGAACCUGGACUUCUGGCCCAAACUCAUCACCCUCAUAGUAUCCAUCAUAGAAGAGGACAAGAACUCCUACACGCCCAUCAUCAACCAGUUCCCCCAGGAGCUGGACGUGGGAAAGGUCAGCGCUGAGGUCAUGUGGACACUUUUUGCUCAGGACAUGAAAUAUGCCUUGGAGGAGCACGAGAAGCACAAGCUGUGCAAGAGCGCCGAGUACAUGAACCUGCACUUCAAGGUCAAGUGGCUGUACAACGAGUACGUCCAGGAGCUGGGCACCUUCAAGGACACGAUCCCAGAAUACCCCUCCUGGUUCCUCCAGUUCGUGCUGACCUGGCUGGCGGAGAACGAGGACGUGUCCAUGGAGUUCAUGCACGGCGCCCUGGAGAGGGACAAGAGAGAAGGGUUCCAGCAGACGUCGGAGCACGCCCUCUUCUCCAGCUCCGUGGUGGACAUCUUCACCCAGCUCAACCAGAGCUUCGAGAUCAUCAAGAAGCUGGACUGCCCCGACCCCAAGGCCGUGGCCCACUACACCCGCCGCUUCGCCAAGACCAUCACCAAAGUGCUGCUGCAGUACUGUGCCAUCCUGUCAAAGAGCUUCCCCUCGUACUGUGAAAAGGAGAAGAUACCGUGCGUGCUGAUGAACAACAUCCAGCAGAUGAGAGUGCUCCUGGAGAAGAUGUUUGAGUCCAUGGGGGCCAAGCAGUUGGACUCGGAGGCAGCAGACAUUCUCAAUGACCUGCAGCUGAAACUCAACAUGGUGCUGGACAACUUCAGCGCCAUGUUCGGCAAGAGCUUCCUGGCGCGCAUCACUGGCUGCAUGCGCCAGAUGGCGGAGCUCCUUUACCAGAUCAAAGGACCUCCCAACCGCAACACGGCCGAGGCGGACGCCGACAACAUCCUCCGUCCCCUCAUGGAGUUCCUGGACGGAAACCUGAGCAUUUUUGCCGACACGUGCGAGAAGUCGGUUCUGAAGAGGAUCCUGAAGGACCUGUGGAAGACGGUGCUGAGCAGCCUGGAGAAGACCAUCGUCCUGCCUCAGAGCAACGACAGCUUUGGGGCACAGAUUCUCACCGCUGCCAAGGGGCUGUCUAACCUUAAGGGAGGGGGCGAGACCAAGACGCUCACGCCUAAACAGUGUGUGAUCAUCGACGCGGCGCUGGAGACCAUCAAGCAAUACUUCCACGCGGGCGGGAACGGCCUGAAGAAGGCCUACGUGGAGAAGAGCCCCGAGCUGGCCUCUCUCCGCUACGCCCUUUCCCUCUACUCCCAGAGCACCGACGCUCUCAUCAAGACCUUUGUCUCCUCGCAACACGCGCAAGUGCACAACGGGAUGGGCAUGAGGAUCGUUCCUAAUGAGAAGGUUCGACCAGACAGGGGCUCCGGGGUGGAGAAGCCUGUGGGUGAGGCCAUCAUCCAGGUGGACAUGGCUCCAGGGAAGGUCAACGUCAGAGUCCUGGCGGUGAAUGACAUGAAGUGGCAGACAUCCGGUAUGUUCCGCCCCUUCGUGGAGGUGAGCCUGAUUGGUCCGUUCCUGGCCGACAAGAAACGCAAGUUCACGACCAAGUCCAAGAACAACAGCUGGUCGGCCAAGUACAACGAGGCCUUCCAAUUCGUGCUGGGCAAGGAGUCGCCCGACUGCUACGAGCUGCAGAUCUCGGUGAAGGACUACUGCUUCGGCCGCGCCGACCGGCUGGUGGGCGUGGCCGUGGUGCAGCUGCGCGACGUGGCCGAGCGGCGGAGCUGCGUGUGCUGGGCGCCGCUGGGGGGGCGCACCCACGCCGACGAGACGGGCGUCACGGUGAUGCGCAUCCUGUCGCAGCGGCCCGCCGACGAGGUGGCCAAGGAGUUCGUCCGGGUCAAGUCGGAGACCCGGCCGCUCGAGGAGGGCCGAUGAGGAGUGGGGGGGGGCCUUUCCCGGGGGGGCUCCUGAGGGCGGGGUGAG